AUGCGAUUGACCGUUGAACUGAUCCAAAAUUCCCUGUCCUACAUUAACCCGCUCAAAGACCGCGAGCUAGAUCUUCGAGGGCACAAGAUACCCGCUAUUGAGAACUUGGGUAUUGCCAAGGACCAAGAUGCAAUCGACCUAACAGACAACGAUAUCACCUCCCUCGGAAACUUUCCCUUCUUUCCUCGCCUCCGCACCCUCCUCCUCGCGCGUAACCGAGUCAAGCAGAUCCAGCCGACGAUAUCGACCUCGGUGCCGAAUCUGAGCGCGCUGGUGUUGACGGCGAAUAACAUGAACGAGUUGGCGGAUUUGGACCCGCUUAGAAAUCUGGCCCAGUUGACGCAUUUGGUGUUGCUGGAGAAUCCUGUUACCAGGAAGGAGCACUAUCGCUACUACGUCAUCUGGCGCAUCCCCAGCGUCCGCUUCCUCGACUACCAGAAAGUGAAGGACGCGGAGCGCGAAAAAGCCACCGAGUUGUUCGGCACAGCUGAGGAGCCGUCUGCGCUGGCGUCUAAGAUCAUGGGAAUCAAGUCUCGCACGUUUGAUGUGCCCUCGGGCGCAGGGGGUGCGGAUCGUGGUGCGCCCGCGGAUAAGGCGGUGCGGGUGAAGUUGACGGAGAAGGAGAGGAAGAGGGUGGAGAAGAUGAUUCGCGAGGCGAAGAGUUUGCAGGAGAUUUCGCGGUUGGAGAAGGAGUUGAAUGAGGGGAGGAUACCUGGAGGUGCAUUGGAUUAUGCUGAUAGUGAUGAGGAGAUGCAGACAUAG